AUGGCUUGGUCUAGAUGCUCCAGGAUUUGUGACUUGCUGUCACGGACUUGCAAGGCCAUCGGGAGGAUCUACAAGGAUGCCCCCACCAUUUGCUUGGUGGUCAUCAGCAUCGUGGCGCUGGUCAUCUUGAUCCUGGUGCUGUUCAGCACCUUCGUGGCGCGCGUCCUUGGGGUCAAAUUGGCCGUGAUCGUCGAUCUUCUCCUUUUUUGGCUUUUUGCACGUCUGGUGGCGCGCGCGCUGAUGUUCCCUGGUUCCCUGAAGAUUUUCCAACGCAGUACGGAGGCCAAUUACAGGGUGGAGGUGGCGCGGCACUACGUGUGGUACGUCCGACAUCUGUGGCACUUCCUGCGUCACGUCUUGGAGCCCGGAGGUUUCGAGAUGGGCUUUGUGAAAAAACAUGGGCCUUAUCCCAGUUUUUCCAUUGGUUAA